AUGGCUAGACAGGACCUCGUCACGAGAUACACACAUGUGUUCCCGCCACAUGGGAUGUACGCGAGUACACAGAGUGUUUCCGGUCUGCUCAACCAGUCCAUGCCCAUGGCUGCAAUCUUCCUAAGAAACAAAUUCGUAGGUUGGUUUGCAUUGAUACAGUCCAUCCAUUACUUCCUAAACACCUCAGAGGAGGAGAUCUCCCUGGCUACCGCUAAGGAGGCACAGGAUAAGAAGAACGAAAACCCGCUGGAGAAGUACCCUGUGUUGAAAGUCGCUCUCAGUUUCAUUGGUCUGUGCGUUUGUUACUUGGAACUAGUAUUCCCAAACGCUACAACUACUAAAUAG